UGGCCUGCAGCUGUCCCCAUGUGGAUGGAAGCAGGAUGCACCCAGCCCGAAGGCACCACCCUUCCGAGCGCCAGCCCGGCUCUGGAACCCCGCAUGUGAUGGCUGUGCCCUGUCCCCGCAGGUGCUGGCGAUGGCGACGAUGACGAUGCAGCUGGGCGGGCUGGUGCUGGCCGUGCUGGGCUGGCUGGGCUCCAUCCUCACCUGUGCCCUGCCCAUGUGGAAGGUGACGGCCUUCAUCGGCUACAACAUCGUGGUGGCCCAGGUCUUCUGGGAAGGGCUGUGGAUGAACUGUGUGUACGAGAGCACAGGGCAGAUGCAGUGCAAGGUCUACGACUCCCUGCUGGACCUCACCUCCGACCUGCAAGCUGCCCGCGCCCUGGUGGUCACCUCCAUCAUCGUGGCCUUCUUCGCCCUCCUCACCGCCAUCUCGGGUGCCGACUGCACCCGCUGUGUGGAGGACAAGAACUCCAAGACGCGCGUCUCCAUCGUGGCAGGUGCCAUCUUUGUCCUGGCUGGCAUCGUGCUGCUCAUCCCCGUGUCCUGGUCCGCCAACAGCAUUGUCACCAACUUCUACAACCCCAUGGUGCCUGAGGCCCUGAAGAGAGAGCUAGGGGCUGCCCUGUACAUCGGCUGGGCCUCCAGUGCCCUCCAGCUCUUUGGCGGGGGCAUCCUGUGCUGCUCAGGGCCCCCAUCCCAGAGGGAUCACUAUCCCAGGAAGUACCGAGCGGUGAAGAGCUGCAGCCCUGUGGGCUACCCCAUGAAAGACUAUGUGUGAGCUGCCUGUCCUGGGCGCUAGCCCGUGGGGACAGGCCCGCGGUCCGCAGCCUGCCCACAUCCAGUGCUCCCUGCCCACACACCCCACUCCCACGAUGACUGUGUCCCCGUCCCGGCCCCCCUGGCACUUUGCCCUGCCCGCAGGCUGUGACAACGCAUGGCCCCAUCCCACUGCCAGCCCUGCUCCCCUUGGGUGGGGGGACGGAUCCUGCCCACUGCUCCCGGGACGCGGGCAGGGGCUGUGUUCGUUCUGGGUGCUGCCGCCUGCUCCCGGCCCCCAUAAAGGUCUCGGUGCCACUAAAGCUGCCUGGGCUCAUUUCGAAGCUGCGUUGUGGGGGGACGGUGAC